AUGUUUAUUAAAUUUUUUUUACUAUUGUUUUCAUUGGGGUUAUAUUUUAUUAAUGGGCAUCAAGGAUGUUUUAAAAUUAUUGGAAGACUUAAAUGUCCAACUGACGAGUAUAGACAUGGAAAUGUUAAAGUUAUUCUGAUGGAUAAAGAUUAUUUACCAUGGGAGACAGAUGAUGAAAUGGGAUAUAAUAUAACUGAUUAUAAAGGAAAUUUUGAAGUAAGUGGAUGUGGAGAAGAUGUAGGAGGAUGGAAUGCUCCAGAUCCAUAUCUUUUAAUAACUCAUCGCUGUCCAGAGAAAGGGCACACAGUUUCUAUAGCAAGAAGAACAAAGAUUAUAUAUUUAAAUCAAACCCAUUUACCGGAAGUAAUGCAUAUUGAUACUGCUUUGUUAGAUUGA